CCACCUCCUGCACCCUCUUGCCUGCUGCCCCUGAGCACAGUCAUCAUGCCUCGCGGUCAGGAGAGUAAGCGCCGUGCCCGUGAAAAACGCCGCCAGGCUCGAGGUGAAGACCGAUGUCUCAGGGGUGCUCAAGCCACCGCAGCAGAGAAGGAAAAGCUGCCAUCCUCCUCCUCGCCUGCAUGCCAGAGUGCUCCCCAGAGCUUCCCCGCUGCGGGCAUUCCUCAGGAGUCCCAGAGAGCCAGCUACCCCAGCUCUCCUGCUGCAGCUGUGUCACUCACAAGUUCUGAGGAAGGUGCCAAGGGCCAAAAGGGGGAAAGUCCCAACUCCUUCCAAGGCCCGUCCUCCUCUGAGAGCACAGGAAGAGAUCUUCUGAACAGGAAGACGGGCGAAUUGGUGCAGUUCCUGCUCAACAAGUAUAUAAGGAAAGAGCCCAUUACGAGGGAAGCCAUGCUGAAGGUUAUCAACAGAACAUACAAGCAGCACUUCCCUGAGAUCCUCCGGAGAAGCGCUGAGAACGUAGAGGUGGUCUUUGGCCUCUACCUGAAGGAAAUGGACCCCAGCCGUCAGUCCUAUGUGCUUGUCAGCAAGCUGGACUUUCCCGAUCAAGGAAGCUUGGGCGAUGAUGGGGGUUUUCCCCGGAGCGGGCUCCUGAUGGUUCUCCUGAGCACCAUCUUCAUGCAUGGCAACCGUGCCACUGAGGAAGAGAUGUGGGAAUGCCUGAAUGCAUUGGGGAUGUAUAAGGGUAGGAAGCACUUCAUCUAUGGGGAGCCCCAGGAGCUUCUCACCAAAGAUUUGGUGCGAGAGGGGUACCUGGAGUACCGGCAGGUGCCCAGCAGUGAUCCUCCACGCUGUGAGUUCCUGUGGGGUCCCAGGGCCCAUGCUGAAACCAGCAAAAUGAAAGUCCUGGAGUUUGUGGCCAAGCUCAAUGAUACCGUUGCCAGUACCUACAAGUCCCAGUAUGAGGAGGCUCUGAGAGAGGAGGAAGAACAAGCCAGAGCCAGAGCAGCAGCCAGGGCUAGCGCCAGGGCCAGGGUUAGCAGGUCCUCUCAGCCGUAGUGAAGUCUCAGGCAAUCCUCACUAAGAGAUUGAAAAGGGCUGUCCACCAUCUCAGUAUUUGGGGGUGAGGUGGGGCUAGAGGGAGCCCAAGACAUGUGUCCUUCUCGUGUUCUGGUUAUUUGCAAGCCACUUGUAGAUUCCCUCUUUUUCUUCUAUGUCUACCGUGUGUUCCUUUGAAAGAGAUUGACUUUGAUUCAGAAUCUAAAUUCAUGAAUUAGGUGCCUCACAAAAUUAUUGCUGUUUAUCACAUUGAAGAGUGAUGUUCUUGUAUUUUGUAAAAUGAAUUGGAAAUUUUUACUUAUUAGAUUGUGAUCUAGUGCAAGAAGAAAUAGCAAUGGAAUAGGGAUUGGCUUUAAACUGUGAAACAACCAAACGCUGCAUCAGUUGGGAUUAGAAGAUGGUGGGAAAAAAGUGUCACUUGAUUGGCAACCUUUGACAUUUAAAAAUCUUAUUUCUUUAAGUCUUUUGUUGUGAUCAAAUAAAAAGCUAUAUACUCACAGUUGCUAUGUGUAUUCAAGAAUGUUGGAGAAAUUAAAUCAUCAUAAAGGAGAACACUUGUUCACUGGCUCUUUUGUUCCUUGUGCUAGGCAGUUCUUGUGUUGCUCUAAAGCAUACCUGAGACUGGGUAAUUUCUAAAGAAAAGAGG